AGCAGCUGCGCUUUGCUGGAGCAGCCGUGGAGAUACCCCACCUCCAAGCAAAAGGGUGAACCAUGGAUGAUGUUAACAGGACUGAGACUGGAAAUGAAGAGACAGGAAGAUGGAAAAACUUUAAUUCUUGGAUUAAAUACUACUUCAACUAUGAAUGCUAUAUGACUUUCCUUAAUGGCUGCUACAGUUGCAAAUGGGAAGCCCAACAGAAGAAAAAAGCUAGACGUCCACUCUGCUGCUGCUCUUUGAGAGAGCGAUUAUUUUACCCAUGGCUGAUUACGUCAUUUUGCUUGUCUGUGUUUUUACUUUUCACAUGGAUAGAAUCUUCAAAUGAAUACAAUGGCUUUGACUGGGUUAUAUUCCUAGGUACAGGAGUCUGGUUCUUUUGGUCCCUUGUCUUGCUGAGUUUCCUUGGGAUCCUGGCUACCUACACAACAUUGCUACUGGUACUUGGACUUUUGUUGUGUUGGGAAAAACAGCGACUACGCCUGCACUGGUAUCAUAAGAUCCUGAUUUUGAUAAUGAUUCCGUUUUUCUCACUUUUGUUAUGGAUUUUAUUAACUUACUGGAAAGAAAGGUGGCUCACCAUCGGGCUGUCACUGCAGAUCUUAGCUCCCUACGUACACCUGAGCAGCAUAUCUAUGAUGGUUUUGCUUUCAUGGCCUGUGGCCAUCUACUUGAUCCAUUUGGAAGGAGAAGCUAGAAUGAGACGUUACCAGAUUACAAGUAAUGAAAGAAGAAGAAAUACGUGCUGUAGUAUGCUCACGAAAUUGAGAGCUCUACAAGUGGCUGUUGGGUUGCCCUUUUUUCUUAUCCUUUUAUGUCUCUAUGUGGUGCCAUUUGGGACUCACUCUCCCUGUCUUCAGGAGAGGGAGAAAUUGGCACCCAAGCCGACCUUCUUUGGACAUAGAGGUGCACCCAGGCUGGGGCCUGAGAAUACCAUAAUGUCCUUUGAGAAAGCUGUUGAAUAUGGGGCCCAUGGACUGGAGAGUGAUAUACAAAUAAGUAUUGAUGGGGUGCCUUUUCUCAUGCAUGACUAUGACUUGACAAGAACAACCAAUAUAAAGGAGGUCAUGCCAAAUGCCUCCAGUAGAAACCCUUCCUUCUUUGAAUGGAGUUUCCUGUCGACUCUGAAUGCGGGCAAGUGGUUUUCAGAUGCAUGGAUCAAACCAUUUUUUCAUAUGAAACCCUUAUCAGAGGCUGAUAAGAAAAGAGCAAGAAAUCAGAGGAUUGCUAAACUAACUGAUUUAUUGAAAAUUGCACAGAAGGAAAAAAAAUUGGUGAUAUUUGAUCUUAAUGCUCCUCCUCCAAGACAUCCUUCCAGAAAAUCAUAUAUCCACCUUGUAGUAAGAGUGAUCCUUGACUCUAAGAUUGAGCAACAUCUGAUUGCUUGGUUACCAGGUUCUGAGAGAAAGUAUAUCAAGAGCAAAGCUCCUGGUUUUCAGCAUGUGGGCACAUAUUAUACCCUUAAGGAACUUGCGGAUGAAAAUAUCACUAGAAUAAAUGUUGACUAUAAGAGGUUGUACUACAAUGGAUUGAGAGAAUAUAAAGCAGCUAAUAUCAGCAUCAACUUAUACGUCGUCAAUGAACCUUGGCUUUUCUCAUUGGUCUGGUGCUCCAGUAUUCACUCCGUGACCACAGACAACAUUGAAGUCCUGAAUGAGAUGAAUUACCCUUACUACUUCAUGACACCAAAUUUCUAUAUGUCCUUGUGGGUUUUCAUGGAUAUUCUUUCUGCAGUUUUCAUUGUUUCCAUAUUUCGUUUUCAUUGGUGGAGAGCAAGCCAGAGUGAAAAAAUUCGCCAGGGUAUCACCAGUUACACAGAAGCUUCAAGUGCAAGCCUCCAAAAUGAAGUAUUGGAAACUUCGGGUAUCACUGGACUUUCACCAGAGAGGCAAAGGGAACCUCCAAGUUCUAAACCUGUUAUACCAGAGGUUGUCCAUGAAACCACUAUAGCAACCGUGCAUCCCACAGAUGACGUUGGACCACCAGUGCCCACUGAGCCAGCUUUUGAACCGACCUAAGCACCUACUUCGGAAGCCAACAGAGAGGCCACCCUCCAAACUGUAUUGCCUACCUAGGAGGCAAAUGAACCAACGGUUCCUUCUGUGGAGAAGCCUCCUCCUGAAAUAUAACCUGAAAAGCCCCCACCAUUGACUCCCCCCAGUAAUCCUGCUUUAUGAUGGUUUCUACCACAUCCAGCAUGUCCAUCUCCCCCUUUUGGGCUGU